CAUUCCCCUGCCAACUAACGGUUUGGCGUGAGUUGUCAGUCUCUGAGCGUUAGUUGACUGAGACCUGUCAUUGAGAAAGUUUGUUACAAUUCGUUCCUUUCCCUCCUAGAGUCUCCAUUCUUUUUAUUAUAUAAUGGAGAAAGUUCCUAGGAUAUUUAAUUCAGCAUUUACAAGAAUUGAUUGAGAAAGAUACGCCAUUUUGGUUUAGCCAAGAAACGCCCACUUGGAUUGAAGCUGACAUCAACAAUGUUAUCAACAUUCGUGUGAAACAUUGCCAGUUAUACUGAAUGUGACAAGCAUAUUAACGUUGAGAGUUGAGUUUUCCUUUUGGGAAACAUGGCAGGAGAAUCACCAACAUACAUAGCCAUAGGCGCAGGAGGGUCUGUGAUCCUGCUGAUGAUUAUGGUGGCGUUCUUCGCAAUCAAAAAGGUCAAGAAGAAAAGUGCCAAGGAAACCCUUCAGAUCGUCAACAAGAGUUCUGCCACGUGGUACGACCCCCAGUUCCAGAAGGCGGUACCCGAACAGGUGGGGCAAGGGGACAUUUAUAUUGAAGAAGGACUCCUGGCCGUUUUCACCGCCGAAAAGAGGUCAAAGUCUGCCGAAUUCCUGCCGAAGGAGACAUCUCAGAUCCAGAGACGUUCCAGCAGCCUGGCGUCGUCGAGACAUCUCUCUGUCUCCUCCCAGUCUCUGACGUCACUUUCCAGCGAUGCUUUUUCUGUGACUUCAGAGGACAACAGGAGGAAUUCCUUCACCCUCAGGGGAUCUCCGUAUGUCGAGUUCAACCUCCUCUGGGCUACCAGCAAUUCCUCCUUAUCUGUCUACGUGGUUCGAAUCACCAGCCUCCCCCCUAGUUACCACAACUCCACAUGCUCUUACAAGGUCACCCUUCACAAGCCAGACAAUACUUCAGUCUCCAAGUCCUCGAAUAAGGUUAAGAAGGUCAACCUUAAUCCUGACUGUUUGCAAGUCUUCUCCUUCCAGGUCCCACUAAAGGAGGUUCGGAACAGCAAGCUGGAGGUGGAAGUCUACGCAAGAAAGAGCAAGCAGUUUCUCUCGAAGGCAAUUGGGAACUUAGAGUACAACAUACCUUCUUACCUCAUAGCAGACUACCCAGUGACGAAGAGUCAGCCUCUCACGAUCUACAAGAAGGGAAAUCCAGCCCCAGCGUCGUCACCAAGGGACAGCAUCGUCAGUCUUCCAGGAAGCAUCUGGGGACAAGUCCAGAUCUUAGCUCAGUACCAGAUCAGGGGCGGAUGGCACGGACGGAUCAAGAUGGUGGUUAUCAAGGCUCACAAUUCUCUUGUUGGCAAGAGAGGUGGAGCUUACAAGAUGGAGCUGAUAGUGAAGAAGGAUGAAGAAACAGAGGCUGUCCAAGAGACCAAGUUGGCUCCAGGACCGAAUCCCUUCUGGAACAUGCCCUUCAUAUUCGAUGCCUCACAGAGUAAGGUGCAAGACUACAGAGUAGAGAUGACUCUGGUGCGUACAAGCCGGAUGAAGAAGUCCACCAUCAUAGGGCACGUAGCUCUGGGUCUGAACACCACGCCGUCAGGGACAAGGCACUGGGAGGACCUAGUGGCCUCCCCCAACAAGGAAUUCACUGUCUGGCACCCGAUCACGUGCCUGGAGGAGUGAAAUUGCCGCCUUUGGCGUGGCUUGCUCUGAGACGUUGUCCUCUACAGGAAAGAGCUGACGGUGUCUGUUGUAUUGCAGUGGAUUGUGACAAAGAAUGUGGUUUUAAAAGCGCCUUUGCUUUGUUUAUUUUUCAUUUUGGGUAAUAUUCUAAAACUUUAUCUUACUGUUUAGUGCUAAGCUGAGGACAACUUCUAGAAGUCCUGUUGGCUAGAGAUUUCGAAGAACUUGCACAUUCUGAGAAAAUCUCUUUUUAGGAUAGUUUUGAUGCAUCAGUUAUAUUCAAACAUAAGAGUUAUGUCUUGAACAAUUACACAUUGCUACCUCUUAUUAACAA